AUGAAGAACCUUUUUUCAAAGCAAUCUCCAAAGCCCAAAUUCGAUCUGUACAUCGUCCUCGGAAAAGACCAUAGUACCGUCCUAUGGCGCAAAGAUGAAAGCCUACCCUACACCCCUUGCAUCAACCACCCGGAACACUGGAUGCUCGUGCUCGCCCCAAAAGACAAGACGGGAACAAAGUGCACAUGGUAUUACAUGAAAUACGGCGCUACAGGAUAUGAGCUAAGCAUCAAGGAGGAAACAUCUCUAUCGAUAUUAGAGCCGAUCACCAAGCAUUUCACAAAACUGGCCUCCCUCACUGAGCAGCAGUGCACUAACAUCCGGGACUACAUGCAGGCAAUCGAGCCAAAGAGGUGUCAGGGUUUCGUCCUUGAUAUCCUCAGACAUCUAGCAGUCGAUGGUGUGAUUGAAGAGGGAGUUGUCGAGCGUUAUAAUGAGCGGUCCCAGAAGUCGGUGCUUACCCAAAUGAAGGAGGGGCCGUGGGAGCUUCCCUCGACACCGGUUAUCGCGUCGAUGUUGAAGGAGUGUCGGCAGUAUGCGCAGCAACAUGAGUUGGGUUUGUUGACAUACGAUACCUGUCUCGAGUAG